UCUUGCCUGCACAUCAGUUACACUGCGCAUGCGUCAUACCCCUACACUCCAAAACCCGUUAUCCAUCCUCCUUCUAUAGUCCUUAGUUAGAGCAGAGCAGCAUGGAGGAGAAUGAGGGCAGGCAACAGAGCAAGUUAAAUGUCCUAACCAUAUAAAUGAUGUGGAGGAACUUGCUGCUGAGGGGCACCACCUGUGUCUUGCAGGUGGCAACCCCGAGGUUUCUCCACCAAAGACACUUUCCAUCCCUCUGUGUGAGACAUCUCACCCAGAGGCUCCUUCACAGGCCUCCCAGUGGUUUAGAGCUUAAAGACUACUUCCUGGCACACAGUGGGACCAGGGCUUAUAAAAAGGAUGCCAAGUCUACUGUAGAGUUUCCUGUGAGUCCCAUUACAGUGACAGACAUCAAGCAGUAUCUACGCUCCAAAUACAUCCCCUUCCACGAUGGCUACAGCUGCCUCCACAUCCCCAGCUUCUUUGUGGAUCCGUCCUCCAGAGGGGACAGCUUCUCCUUGUUCGUGGACAAAACCACGGGGCAGUUUCUGUGUAAAGACACGCUGGUGGAAGGGAGCUGGGAGGAUCUCCAGGACUGUCUGGAGGUGAUGCAGAAGGAGGAGCAGGACGUCCUCAGCCCUCACGUGCUGCUGGGAUACCCAGAGAGUGUGGAAGAGCAGGACGAGAGGGAGAGAGAGCUGAGGGAGGUGCAGAGGAUCUGGUCCAGCUCUGUGCCCUUCACCGACCUCCCCGAGGACGAGGUUCAGCUCAUUAAAACCAUGUUCCAGAUCACAAAGGUCUCCAAUGCAACACUCAAGAGGUUUGGCGUAAGGCUCUUCAAGCCUACCAAGAGUCUUGUUUUCCCUUGGCUUGGUGGACCUGACUCCUCCCUGAAGGGGGUGAAGCUUAUCUCCGCUCAAAGCACAGACACUGACAAAGUUAUUUAUAAUGAAGCUACAGUCCCAAAGAGUAAUUCGUACUACAACUUGUUUGGCCUCCCCCUGGUGGGCCGUAUGGACACAGAGGUGGUGCUGACCGGACAUGAGCUGGACACUCUGGCUGUGAGCCAGGCCACAGGACUCCCCAGCGUGGCUCUCCCACGCGGAGUCAGCUGCCUCCCACCGAUCCUGCUGCCUUACCUGGAACAGUUCAAGCGAGUGACGCUGUGGCUGGGAGACGACAUUCGCUCCUGGGAGGCAUCGAAGAUCUUCUCACGCAAGCUGGGUCUGAGGCGCUGCUCGCUGGUGCGGCCCGGGGAGUACCGGCCUUGUCCCGUGGAGGCGCUGGCCCAGGGGAAGAACUUCAGCCAGAUCAUCAAAUCCUCCAUCCCUGCCGCCCACAAGUCCAUAGUGUCCUUCAAGCAGCUCAGAGAUGACGUGUACGGGGAGCUGGUGAACAAGGAGCAGGUGGCUGGAGUGAAGUGGAUCAGGUUUCCAGAGCUCAACAGGAUCCUGAAGGGACACCGCAAGGGAGAGCUGACUGUUUUCACAGGUCCUACUGGCAGUGGGAAGACCACCUUCAUCAGCGAGGUUGCUCUGGACCUCAGCAUGCAGGGCGUCAACACGUUGUGGGGCAGCUUUGAGAUCAACAACGUGCGUCUGGCGAAGAUCAUGCUGACGCAGUUUGCCAUGCAGAGGCUGGAGGAAAACCUGGAGCAGUACGACUUCUGGGCCGACAAGUUUGAAGAGCUGCCACUCUACUUCAUGACUUUCCACGGGCAGCAGAACAUCAAGACGGUGCUGGACACAAUGCAACACGCUGUCUACAUGUAUGACAUCAACCAUGUCAUCAUCGACAACCUGCAGUUCAUGAUGGGGCAGGAAAACCUCUCAGUAGACAAGUUUGCAGUGCAGGACCACAUUAUCGGAGCAUUCAGGAAGUUUGCCACCAACAGCAGCUGCCACGUCACUCUGAUCAUUCACCCCAGGAAAGAGGAGGAUGACAAAGAACUGCAAACAGCGUCCAUCUUUGGUUCAGCAAAGGCCAGCCAAGAAGCCGACAACGUCCUCAUCCUGCAGGAGAAGAAGCUGGUGACGAUUCCCGGCCGCCGGUCCCUGCAGGUGACCAAGAACCGCUUCGACGGCGACGUGGGCAUCUUCCCUCUGGAUUUCCUCAAGUCUUCGCUCACGUUCGCAGCUCCCAUCAAGGGCAAGCACAAGCUGAGGAAGGUCGCCGGCAAGCCAGAAAACGAGGAUGUCGAAGAGAGCAGCGAGGUGGUGGCGACGGUGAAGAAGGAAGAGGUUAAAAAAGAGAAAGCGGCCAAAAAGACUCCACAAACUAGUAAGAAUCCUGCAACUGGAAAUGAAAGCAUGCAGAAGUAACUAUAAUAGAGUAUAAUUCACAGGCAGUAUGGAUCAUGUGUAAGUGUUUUAACACACAUUUACUAUUAUUUGAAGGUAAGAAAGUGAGGAUGUUAGACAGUUUUAUGUCCAUAACACGAGGUGCAACUGAGCUGAACAUUAAGUAUGUUGGAGCAAUGAAACAAAGAGGAUACUAAACAUUUAUUUCAUUAUGGAACCAAGUAUGGAUGUUUCAAACUGAAUGUAAAAUAAUGAUGGUAAAGUACAUGUUCAGCUUUUCUAUGCAGGUACUACUGUUUAUUAACUGUUAAAAAGUGUUUGUAAAAUACUGCUAAACUCAUUUUUCAAUUUCACAAAAAAAUACUGUGACACCCAGCGCUACUGUUUUCGUGGUAAUGUUCAGUCAGAAUGAUAUAAGCACUUGCACAUUACCACAGUGUGCUCUCUACUGACUUUUUGUACAUCGAUGAUUUAUUGAAUGAGCUAAUUUUUUUAAAAUAAAAUGCUUGUGAUGCAGAUUUUUGUCUGUGUUUUCAUAUCUGGUCAACAGGGGGCAGCAUGUACUUUAUACAUGACACAGAAGCUGAUGAAAAUAAACCUCCACAGGAAAUAUCACUUCCUUAUUUACAACUGGCUGCAGAUGUUUGUAUUUUAUUCAGCUUUGACAGUCUACUGUGGUGACUAUUUUUAACAAUUUGCCCCAGAUGUCUGUGUGAUUUAGAGAUAUUUACGAGUUGGACAGUGCACAAUCAUGCAUAUUGGCAGAAAAAAAUGUUUAAUUCUGUACUGUUCUGCAACACUGCAGUCAAGUCAGUUAGAUUUCUAUAGCCCAAUAUCACAAAUGUGCAUAUAAACUAAACAAAAAUACUUUUUAACAGGGAAAAAAAUGGAAGAAACCUCAGGAAGAGCAACUGAGUCCCUCUGUGUGGUUGCUUUUCAUAUAAAUCUUUCAGUUAAAUUGGCGAUUUAUAAGAACAUCGGAGAUCUUUGACCUCCUGCUGGGAGUGUUUCUACCUCUUUAACAUUGAUAAUUAAGUGGUGUCAGAUUACACUUUAUGUUUAAAAGGUUCUAUACAGUAGGUUUUCAUGCAUUGAGCCAUCUCCAGUGUCUCAUUAACACAAUCCAUUAUUUAGACUGAGUGACUUUUAAUAAAUGCAAAUGUGUCUCAAAA